UUUCUCUCUUGUACUUUUCCUUCAUCGCACAUCGCAUACCUCUCUACUACUGCUAUGGCGGAUCCGAGCUCAAGGCGUUCUUUUCGUGACAAAGUGAAAAGAGUCUGCAAAGCGCCGUUUCGCUCUACAUUACACUCCCACGGGCUGCAUUGGAUGGGGGUCAUGUCUCACCAGGAUAUAGCGGGGCAGGAUGACAGCCUCGGCGAAAAGGCGACAGAAAGUGCGCGCCCAAGCAUGUCGAAAGACGGCGGUGAUCCUCCCCAUCAGGGCGCCCAAUGGCGUAUAGGUGGUCAGAAGUUCUUCAACAUGCCAACCGGUCGUGAAGAUGCUUGGGAUAAAUGCACCGAACUGGUCAAUAACCAUGACACCACGUUGUCUCAAGAUUCUCGAGAGGAGAUAGACAGCUUGCUAGUCUUCGCUGGUCUCUUCUCUGGGGUGUGUACGGCGUUCAUCAUCGAGUCGUACAAGUGGAUGAUGGAACAGCCCGACGACCUCGCUGUGGACUACCUGCGGCAGAUACUGGUCGUCCUAACGAACACAACGAACACCUCAUUCCCUCAAGGAGCUGUCUCCUCCGGGCGACCCUCCCUACCCAAUGACAUCGUGGCUUUGAUCAACGGUUUGUGGUUCAACAGCCUCGUUCUGAGCCUCUCUUCCGCUUUGGUGGGCAUCGUGUCAAAGCAAUGGCUGAGAGAAUACAUCCAUGACGCAGGACGAUCGCACAUCACGAACCUCUCUGUUCGCCAAGUGAAGUACGACGGGUUGCGGCGCUGGUACGUCGGCGUCAUCAUCGCCCUCAUCCCAGUCCUGCUUCAAGCCGCAUUGUUCCUUUUCCUAGUUGGCAUCAUCUACCUCCUCUGGCAUCUGCAACCCGUAGUGGCCGGUCUCGUCAGCGGUCUUGUUGGCCUCAUUGCGUCGUUCUUCAUCCUAACCACAAUCCUGCCCGCCGGGCAGUUCAUUAUCUACCGCAUGUUCCAUCUACAGCGGCAUAAUGCAUCGCAAAUUCCCUUUAAGUCGGCUCAGGCAUGGAUUUUCCUGCAGAUAGCGCUCCUCACGAUCAACUUCGGCGCAUGGAUUCGUCACACCUUCGUCACCACCAUGCGAUUUCGCUACGGCGACACUUUCGUAGCCCCUUACAUGACGAACCAAGCAUGGUCGCAACUCGAUCUGGACUGGACUCGACGUCGCGACAAGAGUGCUCGCGCGCACGAUCAGCCAUCGUCCGUCGCUCUCUGUCUCGGCUUCAUAGAGCUGAACUUCGAGCACGCGCACCUGCGCGACUGGAUCUGGAACUGCCUCUGGAGUUUACAAGACAAAGCGGCCAGCGCUAAAUAUGUGCUUCAGUGCGCUAGGAGCGCCAUCUCAGGCGAGAAGUCAGACUUCCCGUCCCCCGAGGAUGGUCUAGCGAGCACAGUGCUGCCGCUUUUGGGCCCGAAAUUGGCGUCCCAGGCCACGACAGAGAUGGUUCUACACACCCUACUUCCUUCCUCGUCGGAAACGCGCGUUGAGCACAUCAUUCGCGUUUAUAAUAGUCUGGUCGACUGCGGCAUCGAUUCGGACGGAGUGCCUAGAAUUUUGUACGACUCGUUACGCAUCACUCUCAGCGGGAUACCGGGUCACGCUUCUAGUAAUGACACCCGCUUACAACUCUUCUAUGUCGCCCGCGAUAUACUGCGGAGAAAUCAGCACACAGAAGUGAAUCCCGGUCGCUGCUUACAACUUCUUACCACCAUCAUCACUCAUCUCGGGCGCGGGGAAGUAGAGCAGGGAUACGUGAUCAGCGCGUACACCCGCAAUCUCAGCUUGGCCCUUGCGCCGGAGAUCAUGAACUGGCUGAGCCGCUAUCCUGAACCAGGCCGUAACUGGCGAGCCUUCAAGUCGCGCGUUUUAUGGGCCACCCAAAGUGCUGUCUUUCUAGCCCGGCGCAUCGCCCGUUUCACUCAUUCGGAUAGACGACCGGCCUGGCAUCCUCGGCUACCAGCGAUGUGUGCCCUAUUUGCGACCGUGGACCUCAGCGCUCGCAUGAUACCACCGGGUACUCUGCCAACGUGGCAGUCGGACGAGGCAGAUAUGGACAUCGAGGAGUUCACCCGAGUGAAGGGCCUGCUGGAGGACGCGGUCGAAGCAGGCUCUGAUCACGACAGCUCACCUUCGCAAGGUGCAGAUGUGCGUUCGGAGAGAGAAGAGCGUUCGCGGACACCAUCGGUGACCUCCACCAGCGAUGGAUUCUCGCACGGCCGUGGAGUUCACUGGGGAGGUGUAAUCACUGUCGAAGAACCCUCGGAAGACUACUCGCCCUCACCGUAUACAACCGACUUCAGCCGGCCUAUCGUUAUCAACGCUCCUUCAGGGCACGAUAGAGACCAGACGACACGCACCGCAAAGCCAGACGUUUCGCCAAGGGAAUUCCGAGCGCCACAAACCGUACCUAUAAGCGCCUCGUUGAAGGUCCCAGAGCGAGUCGUGGCCCACGACCGUGUCUUCUAUGCACCGCAACGAUUUGGUUCCGCGCUGAACGAAUUCCGUCCCAACCGUCCCACCCAAUGGGCACGACCGAUAUGGGGAGGGAUUGGUAGGCGUAUACGGAGGGCAUCAAUUUGAAGAGGGCAAACGCGACUGGGGGGCGGAAACCGCUUCAAUGGGUCAACUGAGCUUGUUCCCCGACAUGGGAGAUGGUCGGACAGGCAUUUCGCUUCUAGUCGAAAGAAGGGCACGCCAUGUACGAACGGAAUCCGGCAGUCCUCACCACAAGAGAGUCGUAUGGGUAAGGAGACGUGACCAGCGGCGCUCGAUGCCGACUGAUAUAUAGA